CCGGCCAACAAUUUCCGGAAACGCCGGUUAAGCAUUUGCGAUCAUUACCACAUGUACACAAACAUGCCUAGUGGAAACUAGUUAUUUUCUGCUGUAUGGAGGAAAAUCUUUUUGUAUCAACAAAGGUAAUCGCUACCGAGAUACAGCGAAAUAACACAGCGUGCAACAGAAAAGCGCCUUUAAUUUGACUACAUUGUUUUAAUUUAGCCGCGCUUGAACUUUAGCUACAUUGCUAGGUGCCGGUGCUGUGCAGCCUUAACCCUGACGAUCCCGACAUGUCGGGUAUAUGUACAGGACACGUACUUUUAAGCUAUUUUAAAAGCAAGUUUAUACCCAGCUGGAACCAAUUAUAUUUCGGUAGCGACGAGAAUAAAAACAAAACUGUAUAAAGCCUUAUUAUCCCGCGCUCUGUAACUGCAGUACACCAAGUCGCCAUUGAGCGUCGCUGCGCAGCCUGCCCGAUAUUACACUAUGAAUUAUAGCAAGGAAAAUGUCAAAGCACAGGUUUUCUUCGUCGAGGACUCCGCCGGUUCAGAGAGUGAGGAAGAAACGCGUUCUGGUUUCAUGAGAAGCACAAAGCGGGGUUCGCAGCUCAGCAGAGACGGCUCUCCUCCGCUCCUCCUCGCCUUCUCCUUGCCCUCUGGAAAGGCUCAGCAGGACACCUGCAGUGUCUCCAGCGCUGGUUCUCAGGAGGAGGAGGAGGAGGAGGAGGACAGUGAUGAGCCCAUUGAGGAGUGGAUGAUCCUGGAGGGAGAGGAGCAGAUGGAGGACUCCAGCAUCCAGCUCAACCUGGGCUGCUGGGACAGCUCUGAGGAGGACUUUGGAGAUGAAGAUCCGACAGACGAGGAAGGGAAAUCAGGAUGGGAUAUCUGGGCUGUAUCAGACAAAGACAAGUAUGGAGCUGCUCAGUCUCUGGGCAGUCGCUAUUUCAUGGCCGCUCGCUCGUCCAUCUGUAGCAUCUGCAGCAGGACGGGACAUGUCGCCAAAAGCUGCUACUUCCACAAGCAGAAAUGUCCCACUUGUGUCCUUUGCGGCGUCCAGGGCCACGGCCAAAGAGACUGUCCGAGUCGCCCCUGUUCCACCUGUGGCCUGCCGUCACACGCCCCCAUGCCCUGCAAAGUGCCUCCAGUGUGGAAACAGCACUGCCAGCGCUGUGGUGUCAACGGCCACAUGUCUGAUGCCUGCCCAGAUACAUGGCGGCAAUACCACCUGACAGUCAAGUUAGGGGUUCCUUUCAGACCCAGAACUGUCUGCAGUCUCAAACACAAGAGUCACCGUGCGCAUUGCUACAACUGCUCCUAUAGGGGACAUUAUGGUCAUGAGUGCACAAAGAGGAGGAUGAUCAGCGGCACUUUUCCUUCACUGCCUUACAUUUGCCACUACGACACCCUAGAGGACAUUCAACGGCGUGCAAGGACGCUAAUACCAGCCACGGAGCUGGGGAGGGCUGGACUCCUUCCUUCUUCACAGCAGGAACAGUCGACCACAAAAUCCGGGCCUUGUUGCAAAGAUAAACCGUCUGUCCAGGGACGAAGCAGGACAAAGCCGGAGGCAGGCUCCCAACCAGGAAGAAGGAAGACCUGGCCUGAAAGGCGCAGAGAGAGGCGUGAGGUGAAGCGACUGAGGAGGGAGGCCCUGGCCAAGAGGGAAAGUGGACUUCUGGGAAGGCCUCGUUGCGCCUCUUAUGAUGAAGUUUGCCCCGCUGACCCCUUCAGACACACCUUACUCAGUCAGAGACAGUCCAAACCUCCUCCGGAGAAGAAAAGGAGAGAGGUAAAAACUGGGAAAAAGAGCAAGAAGAGUAAAGAAGCAGAGAGGUGGAAGAAAAGAGGGGGGACAAAACGUGGGGAUUUGUAUCCACACGGCGACCUGGACAUUGGCAGCGAAAACCUUUUGUCUCCAAAGCAGAGAGUUCGUCACCGAAGGAGAUGAAAAGUGAUUGAUAUUUCUGUUAUUUUAGUGGCAUUAAAUUAGUUUAGCUUUUAUUUGUUUAUAACUUGUAUUUAAAUGGAGGAAAUAAAAAGAAGAGAAAUUGUGAUAUUAGUUGAACUGUGUCUGGAAGGAGUUUAUUGGAAUCAACUUUUUUGCAGUUUUUAAAAAAAUGUUUCUAAAGAGCAAGUAAAUUAAUAAAUGAUUUCCGACCGA